UCAGACGGAAAACUGUAACUGGAAAGUACACUAGCUCCCACCCACUCUCUUCAAACUCAAGUGUGUGUUUUAGUGUGUGGGGUUUCCUUUCUUUUAGCUUUUUGAAAAGCAAACAAAACCCAUCCAGAUUUUUCAUUCUUUGGUUCAAAUUUGAUUCAGUUCUAUUUUGGUUUUGUAUAUUGAUCCAGGAAUCAUAGCCAAAGACUACAAAGUUUCCAUCUUUUUGUGUUUGGUUUGUUAACAUUUGAAUCUGCUUGGUGACACUGGUAUAAUGACUAGGGUCGGUCGUGAUUUUGGAGGUUCAAUGAGAAAGGAAGCAGUUCCACCAGUUUCGGCCGAUGUUAUCUUUGCAUCUAGUCGGUUUCCAAAUUACAAAAUUGGUGCUAAUAACCAGAUUGUUGAGGUGAAGGAAGAUCUUAAGGUACUGUCAAUGAAAGAAGUUGUUGCACGCGAGACUGCUCAGUUGCUAGAACAACAAAAGCGCCUUUCAGUUCGUGAUCUUGCUAGUAAAUUUGAGAAGGGCUUGGCUGCUGCUGCCAAGUUGUCCGAUGAGGCUAGGCUCAGAGAGGCAGCUUCUUUGGAGAAACAUGUGCUUCUUAAAAAUUUAAGAGAUGCUCUUGAGUCUCUUAGAGGACGUGUGGCGGGUAGAAACAAAGAUGACGUAGAAGAGGCUAUUGCUAUGGUUGAAGCUUUAGCAGUUCAGUUGACUCAAAGAGAGGGAGAGCUGAUUCAGGAGAAGACAGAAGUGAAGAAGCUGGCAAACUUUCUGAAGCAGGCGUCAGAAGAUGCCAAGAAACUUGUUGAUGAAGAAAGAGCUUUUGCCCGAGCUGAAAUCGAGAACGCUAGAACUGCAGUGCAGAGGGUGGAAGAAGCUCUCCAGGAACAUGAAAGGAUGUCUAAAGCAACAGGAAAUCAGGACAUAGAGGAGUUAAUGAAGGAGGUGCAGGAGGCUAGACGAAUUAAAAUGCUGCAUCAGCCAAGCAAGGUUAUGGACAUGGAACAUGAGCUUCAUGCACUACGAAUUCAGCUAGUGGAGAAGUCCAAGCAUUCACUUAAGCUUCAAAAAGAGUUGGCAACAAGCAAGAGGGCUGAACAGAACACACCAUACUUAUAUGAACUAGAUGGGACUGAAGCUCUGGGUUCCUAUUUGCUGAUUCAGCCAUGUUCCGAUGUAGCUCCAAAACUGUCAGAGUGUUCAAUUCAGUGGUACAGGUUAACCACUGAAACUGGAAAGAAAGAACUUAUUUCAGGUGCCACUAAAGCUGUUUACGCUCCAGAUCCAUUUGAUGUUGGUAGAACUUUGCAAGCUGAUAUUACAAAGGACGGCCUCACACUAACAUUGACGACUACUGGUCCUAUUGAUCCAGCUGCAGGACUCGGAAACUAUGUGGAAGCGUUGGUGCUUAGGCAUGACACCGAAUUUAAUGUAGUUAUUGUCCAGAUGAAUGGAGCAGAGCAUCCAUCAGAGUCAAUUCAUGUACUUCAUGUUGGAAAGAUGAGAAUGAAGCUUUGUAAAGGAAAUACAACAGUGGCUAAAGAAUACUAUUCCACUUCAAUGCAGUUAUGUGGUGUGAGAGGCGGUGGAAAUGCUGCAGCUCAGGCAUUGUUCUGGCAAGUGAAGACAAGUCUUUCAUUUGUACUAGCAUUUGAGUCGGAGAGAGAAAGGAAUGCGGCCAUUAUGCUGGCCAGAAGAUUUGCAUAUGACUGUAAUAUUGUGCUUGCGGGGCCAGAGGACAGAACUGCUUUAGCGUCUUAAGGUGCACAGCAUGGCUUCUUGGACUUGUGAUUACAUAAAUGAUUGUAUAAUAGCUUUGUAGUAAUGUAGUUUGUCUCCCUUCUAUAAUGGUUUUCGCGUUUAGGCUUUGGCUCAUUUUUCCCUUUUUUUUUUUGGCUUCAAUUGUCUAAUCUAAAGGCAUCUUUUUACUCGCCUCCUGUCGUUGUCUCAUUCUUCAAUGUCUUGACUCAUAUCUGUGGCAUCUAAUGACCCAACUUGACUGGCAAUUUAAAAAGUAAUUUUCAAUGGCA